CCGCGCGGAAGCCCGGUCGGUUGGGCGUUCGCCACAGCCGUUACUGCCGUUACCCUAAGCCCCGCCUCCUCCCUACCUCCCGUCCAAUCCCGACUGCUCCUUCGGGUUGGGGUGUGGUCAUGGGGCCAGGCCCACUCAAGAAGAGGCCGCGCCCCGUCCUCCGCUCGGGAAGCGGCGUCACUUCCGGCGUGUACGUCUGGCGUCCGGCCGCCGCGGGAUGGCGGCUCUGAGGAGUUGGCUGUCGCGGAGCGUUGCCUCCCUUUUCAGGUACAGACAGUGUGUUCCUGUCGUGACUAACUUCAAGAAGCGCUGCUUCUCAGAAUUGAUAAGACCAUGGCACAAAACUGUGGCGGUUGGAUUUGGCGUGACCCUGUGUGCGGUUCCCAUUGCACAGAAAUUGGAACCUCAUUCUCUUAGUAAUGACGCGUUAAUGAGGAGGGCUGUGUCUUUGGUGACAGACAGCACCUCCACCUUUCUCUCGCAGACCACAUACGCACUGAUUGAAGCGAUCACUGAAUAUACUAAGGCUGUUUAUACCUUAAUUUCUUUGUACCGACAAUAUACAAGUUUACUUGGGAAAAUGAAUUCACAGGAGGAAGAUGAGGUGUGGCAGGUGAUCAUAGGAGCCAGAGUUGAGAUGACUUCAAAACAGCAAGAAUACUUGAAGCUGGAAACCACUUGGCUGACUGCACUUGGUCUUUCAGAGAUGGCGGCAGAAGCUGCGUACCAAACUGGAGCAGAUCAGGCCUCGAUCACCGCCAGGAAUCACAUCCAGCUGGUGAAGUCACAGGUGCAGGAAGUGCGCCAGCUUUCCCAGAAAGCAGAAACCAAGUUGGCAGAAGCACAGACAGAGGAGCUCCGGCAGAAGACCCGGGAGGACGGGGACGAGAGGGCCGAGCCGGAGCAGGAAGCCUACCUGCGCGAGGAUUGAGCGCCCGAGUGGCUGCCCGCGUCUGCCGGUUCAGCCCGGGGAGAGCAGGGGCGGCUGCCAGGCGGCCUGGGGCGGCCCAGCCUUCUCUGGACGGAGGGGAGGCAGCGGGUCCCGCCCUGGCCCGUCAGGCCGGAGGCCUUAGUGAGCUGUGAGCGCCUGGCCCCUGCCCUCCCCACGCGAGGAGCUGGUUCUCGGCCCUGGGGCACUCACCCUGUUCCACGCUGACCCCACUCAGCACAGCUUCCCACCCCCCAUCUUUCUACCUCCCCCCAGCGCCGCUCAGCAGCCUGGCUGGAGAGGGGGCGUCCUGUUUCGUCGUGCCCACGAGUUCAGUAGCUGGUUAACGUCCCUUUCCAGUCUUACAUUUUCAGAUAUGGUUUAGUCUUUGCUCCCCCCAUAGGAAUGUGUGUUGUUUUGGGGAAAGGGGAGCCUGUUCAUAAGAUUUCUUUUGACGUGUUUUCCUUCUGUGAUCUGGCCCCGUUGCCCGUAAGGACAGCUGGAGCCCAGGCGCCAGGAACCCGUUACUGUUCCGGAGCUGAACGCGGAGUGUUUACCUGGAGCUCCGCAGGACAUACUCCAGCCCGCGCUGCUCGUUUCCUUCGAGUGUCUCUAUUGUAUCUGAAGGAGAAUAAUUGUUUUGUUUUGCACUUCAAAAAGAACCCGUUGGUGUGUAUACUC